AUUCAUAUUUAACUAAUUUAAUUGCAUUUUGUAGGAAAAUAACAGUGCAAACAUUCUCAAGCUCACUAGUGUUUACAAAAUAAUUUUAACAAACACCAGCAAUCACGGUGCGAAAAUUUGUCCACGUCGCGGCGUCACUGUUCGCUUGGGCCAGCGUUGUACGCGGUACAGAGUUAGCGAACGAACCAAAGCGAACCGUGCAAGCAAAAAGGCGACCGCACAGCAUAAACUGUUCCCGGCUGUUUUCCCUGCGUAUUUUGGCGGUAUAUCGGUGCGAUCGAGGCACGGAAAGGUCCGCUCCGGGUGGCUAACGCGUACGUGGUGGUGUGUGAGAAAGAAAUUGUUCGCCGAAUUUCCACGACACGGCUUCCGCUUGGAGCUUCGACCGUCGCUUGGUGAAAAUUAUUUUUGCAAGCAUUCCAUCGGAACACUGUGAACGAAAGAGAGAUAGAGCAGGCACGGGCGGGCUUGUUCUAGCAUCGUGCAGUGACCAUUUAGUAGUGCUGGUAAAGAAGGUUUAAAUUAACUUUUCCAGAGUAGUCCCACUUUCUGUCAAGAUUCCGGCACUAAAGGGAACCGAAAUGGACCCGUCCGAUAUAGGCAAGUAUCCGGACCUGAUAAAGAAGGCGCAGGCCGAAAUUGCCUGCACCGACGUGCUGGUGUGCGGCCGGUGCCACUCCGUCUUUCAUCUGAUCGAGCUGUUCCGCGAACACAAGGAGCAUGAGCCCGACUGCAAGCGAACGACCAGCUCGACGCUGCACAACUGCGACGAGGCACAGGGCAAGGUGUGGGCCUUCCUGCUGUGGAAGUCGGCCCAGCGGCAGGCGGCCGGAGAGGAGAGAAAUCCGGGCCAGAACAACUCCUGGAAGCUGUACCAGACAUGGGUGAAGCUGGAGGAGUCCGUGCGCGACACGUGGAUCGUGGCAGGCAAAACGAUCCAAUCGUUCUCGAAGACGGGAGCUGGCAGCUUGCAGGAAAUGCCGGUAAAGAUCACGAAAACGAUUCUCGAACCACCGGUUGAAGGGCAAGACAAGAAAACAGUUCCGGCAGUGGGUGCGCAAGUACCGAACCGCUUCACGCCAACGGUGCGCAAACCGGGCGACAUUAAACCAAACACACCGGCCGGCGCUGGCGGCGCACCGGUUGAGACGAAAAAUCGUAUCGUUGUCGGUGCACAGCUGCCCCAAGCGAUGAAGAAGCCCGAGCUCGGUACGGUGGUGAAGGCGGGCCCGGUCACUACGACGCCCGGCACCCCCACCAGGCGGUCGUACGCCACGCGCACCCACCCGAAGUCGGGCGCAUUCUCCGAGGAGGAGGUGGAGAAGAUUCUAGCGAAACGGUUCAGCCCCAUCAUCAAGAUGCACGAGUACCUGGUGAAGUGGGCGCGAAUGACCAACGAUCAGAACACGUGGGAACCGCUGACCCAUCUGCACUCCUGCCAGAGCAUCCUGGAGCACUUCGAGGUGCAGCUGGCGAAGCAGAAGGAGCAGCGAGCGGCCACGGCAGCCCGGGCCUUGCAGCUGCAGCGGCAGGAGAAGGGCGGUGCGGCCAAACCGGCCGGUGCGUCGGCGACCGCAUCAACCACGGGGACGGUAAACACCGCCACCACCACCACCACCAGUACGUCGCCUGGGUCGGCUGCAGCGGCCAAUCAGCUGCGGCCCAUGCGCAACUCCAAGACGAGCGCGAUGGAUCGUGUCAAGCAAUGGACAGCCGGGAACCGGUCGCCGGGCGAUUCUUCCGAGGAUAUGGCGAGCGGCAAGCGCAAGCACGAGGACGGUGACACCGAUGGCACCAUGGAUGGGGCCGACGGUGGACUGGACGGUGUUGUGAAGAAGGUGAAAACCGAACCGAGCACGGCAAGCGACACGCUGGCGAAGGCCACGCAGGGCGCAAACGUCAAGAUACUGUCCGGGUCCGGCUCGGGCACCGCCUCCGGUAUUAUUAAGACGGCCGUGAACGGAGGAACCGGCUCGGUGGGCUCUGCCGGUAAGGAUGGCAAUGCGGCGGAAGUCGUAAUUAUCAAGACGCACCAGGACGGGGUGGCAAGCGGGAUAAGCAAAAAGGUGCCGCUGCUACCGACCGGCGGUGUCAACAGCAACAGCAGCACGGUCGUCACGCGCCUCUCCCCGCGCGGCACUGACGUGGCGGCCAAGGUAAAGAUCCUGUCCAAGUCGGAGGUGGGUGGUGGUGGUGUGCACGGAAUAUUCAAGGUCAAAACCGAACAGACCGGUUCUUCCCCACAGAGCUCACCGAAAACGGCGGCGGCGUCGGGGGUGACCGCCACAGCAGCAGGGGCUGCCACGACGACCACGCUCGCAUCCCGCCCGAUGACCAUCUCGACCCCCAUCUCGACGACGGACUCGUCCGGCGUGACGACACGCUUCAUCCGCCGGAACGUGGACGGCACGGAGCAGCUGGUGAAGCAGACGAUCCGGAAGGCGCCCAAGCUGGUGCCGUUUUCGCCGGCCAACCAGCAGCGCCCGGUCGGUACGGUGGUUGGCGUGUCGAAGCAGCCCGGCACACCCGUCCCCAAGGUAACGACCUCGGCCGCACUCGGCCAGCAGCGCGUGGUGGGCGCAUCGCCGCGCGUUAUCUCCGCCGGGCAGCAAAAGCCACUGCCCGUCAGCAGUCGGGUGGUCGGCAGCGGUACGCCCGGAAACGUGGUGCGCAGCGCGACGAUGACCCGCACGCUGGGAGCCCCCUCGUCCGACCAGAAGCUGAACGCCCUGCGCCGCCAGGGCGUCCAUGUGAUGAAGCGCGUCAUCACGACGUCGACCGCGGCGGGCGGCAGCGCCAAGAAGGCGACGGUCGGCGAGGAGGAGGAGAGUGAGGCGCAUGGCGACGGUUCGGCAGCGAAUGUGCAGCAGCAGCAGCAGCAGCCGGUGGCGCCGCCCAGCCCACCGCCCGCAAUGACGCUCUGUCCGGUGACGGGCAAGGUGCUGGCACAGGCGGAAGGUGAACCGACGCCCGUCCCCAGCCCGGAAGCGGAACCGGAGGAAAAGAAAGUAACGCCCAAGGCGGACAGUGCCGGUGGUGCUGCGUCGUCGGAGGCGGGCGCGGACGGUGCGGCUGCGGGCGAGCAGAUGGUGGUGGCGGCCGGAGGCGACCAAACGGACACGCAGGUGCAGCAGCUGCUGACCAAUGAGGACGGUUCGCCGAUCAUCGUCGCGGGCGAAGACGGCACACUGUACCAGGUGGCGGGCAAGAAUGCCGAGGGCCAGACGAUACUGAUUGCGCAGGGCGCGGACGGAGAGCAGAGCUGCGUGCUGGUCACUUCCCACGAGGGCGAAGAGGAGGGCACGGCAGGAGCGGCCGGUACUGGCGGCGUGCUGACGCUCGAUGCGGCCGUCUCGGAAGCGGUUGCCGUUCCGCAGGAGGGCCAGGAGAUGACCGAGGAGCAGGUGGCACAGUACCAGCAGUCGGUCGACACCAACCAGGAACUGACGAUCCAGACCGAGGACUCGCAGGACAAUCAAAUCACGGCGGAGGUGGUACAGGCUGACCCAGCAUCACCAGGCGGUACAAGACGCGUCGUGCUGCUCCUUCCCGAUGGUAACUUGAUGGUCACCGAGGUCAACGAUGAAACGUAUCAAACGUUGAAUCUGGUCAACUAAAAAGCAAAAAAGCACAGAGAGAGAGAGAGAGAGAGAGAGAGAGCAAACACACAAACGGGAGCGAAGUUAGUGGCAAGUGUACAUCGUUUAUAGGGAGGGUUUAGUCGUGCGCGUUCUAUCCUUGACACGCGUUUUGAUUGUCCUUUAGGCCCGCCUCUACCCUAAGCUUGUUAGUAGGCCUCUCGCCCGUUUGAUGGGCGAGAUUGCAUCAUUCAUUACUGUCUCUCAGCAGUUCAAACACGUAUGCAGGAUGGAUAUAAGUGUAGGUUCAUUAAUUAUUUGUACGCUUGUAAGAUAUUCUAUAAGGCAUAGGUUCGAUAGCGUUCCUUUACUUUGUGCAAGUAGGAAAGAACUAUUGACGGUAAGGAUUCUGCAACUGACAUUAGUGCAUUUUGUUUGUUCUUCUUAAGGAUACGAGAGGUGAAAUAGAGGGGGAAGAUAAAAAAAAACCGGCAGACAUACACACAAAAAAGGCGGAGACAGCUCUGUGCGCGUUUGCUUGUUUGAAAAUUUCAAAUGCUUCACAGAUAAUGUAGAUGUUCGAAUAAAUAACUACAACUUAACUUAACAUUACAUCAAA